CUGGAUUUCAGUAGUAAACAUGUGCAUGCUCGUUGAGUUGCACAUACCCAACAUUGCCAAGUUACCCAUGAUGAUCUACGUUCGACUUCUUUUGCUUCUAUGUUUCCUACUAUAUCAUUUUGAUGACAUCACCUGCAACAACGACACAGAGAGAGAUGUCCUACUUUCUUUCAAAUUGCAAGUGAGUGAUCCAGAAAAUGCUCUCUCUAGCUGGUCUUCAGAUUCCAAUCACUGCACCUGGAUCGGUGUCACUUGCUAUGAAGAUGGAAAGAGGGUCCAAUCUCUCGAUCUAGCAGGAAAUGCCCUCUCUGGCAAACUACCACCUCAGCUUUCCAACCUCACAUACCUCAACUCACUUGACCUUUCUCAAAACAACUUUUAUGGCCAAAUUCCCCAAGAGUUUGGUCACCUCCAACUAGUAAACAUGGUCCAAUCUCUCGAUCUAGCAGGAAAUGCCCUCUCUGGCAAACUACCACCUCAGCUUUCCAACCUCACAUACCUCAACUCACUUGACCUUUCUCAAAACAACUUUUAUGGCCAAAUUCCCCAAGAGUUUGGUCACCUCCAACGUCUAGGAAAUCUAGACUUGUCAUUGGCAAGGAACAGUUUUGUGGGUGACAUUCCAACUCAACUUGGUAAUCUUUUGAAUCUUUCCAGUCUGCAACUCUCAGAGAAUAAUUUAUCUGGCCACUUUCCCACUUCUAUCUUCAGCAUCUCUUCCUUAGUCUUGUUAUAUGUGGAAAACAACAAUCUAUCAGGCAACUUAGCACACAAUUUUGGCCAUGACCUUCCAAAUUUAAACUUUCUGUCUCUGGGAACCAAUAGGUUUGAAGGGGUGAUUCCUAAUUCCAUAUCCAACGCCUCCAAUCUUCAAUACAUUGACCUUGCUAACAAUAAAUUUCACGGCCCCUUACCUCUAUUCAACAACAUGAUAAAUCUUACCUACCUGGCACUUGAUAAUAACUUUCUCUCACCCACGACCUCGUUGACUUUUCAGUUCUUUGACUACUUAAGCAACUCCACCCAGUUGAACAUGCUCAAGAUCAAUGACAACCAUUUGGUUGGGGAGCUUCCAAAUUCUUUUGCGAAUCUGUCUAGCAAUCUCAAACUAUUCUACGUUGAUAAUAACUGGCUCACUGGAAACUUUCCACAAGAAAUUAAGAAAUUUGAAAAUCUCCUGUCCUUGUCCUUUGCAAAUAAUUUUUUCACUGGAGAGUUACCAUCAGAAAUAGGAGCACUACAUAUGCUACAGAAUUUUGCGACAGACGGUAAUAGAUUUUCUGGGGAAAUUCCAGACAUUUUUGGUAAUUUAACAAAUUUGUAUACCCUUGCAAUGGGAAAUAACCAGUUCUCGGGCAGAAUUCACACAAGUAUCGGACAAUGCAAUAGGCUAUUUUCUCUUGACCUGGGAAUGAAUAGAAUUGGUGGGACCAUACCAAAGGAGAUUUUUCAGCUUUCAUAUUUAACAUACUUGAAUUUAACAGGAAACUCCCUGCAUGGUUCUCUGCCUCGCGAGGUUGGCACCAUGACACAGCUUCAGACCGUGGAUAUUUCUAGCAACCAGUUGUCAGGGAAAAUUCCUAAGGAAAUAGAGGGGUGUUCUAGCUUGAAGACACUUGUGAUGGCAAGAAACAAAUUCAAUGGCUCAAUCCCAACUAAUCUUGGGAAUUUAGAAUUCCUUGAGACUUUGGAUUUAUCAUCAAACAAUCUCACUGGCCCUAUUCCUCAAAGUUUACAAAAGCUCAGGUAUAUAGAGACAUUAAAUUUGUCUUUCAACCAUUUAGAAUGCGAGGUUCCUAUGAAAGGUGUUUUUCUGAACCUUACCAAGUUUGAUUUUCGAGGUAACAACCAACUGUGUAGCCUUAACAGGGAAAUUGUGCAUAAUUUCCAGAAAAAGAAAAGAAAGAUUUUACUCCCUAUCAUCCUUGCAGUUGUUGGUGCCACUGCUUUGUUCAUUUCAAUGCUCUUGCUAUUUUGCACAUUGAUGUCCCGAAAGAAGAAGAGAAAGGAGGCAAAAACCGGGGUGUCAUCUGCCCCUUCCAGAGGAUUGCCUCAAAAUAUAUCUUAUGGAGAUAUUCGGAUUGCUACAAACAAUUUUGCAGCUGAAAACUUGAUUGGAAAAGGAAGCUUUGGCUGUGUGUAUAAGGGUUUUUUCAGCUUUAGCACAGGUGAAACCGCCACCCUUGCUGUCAAAGUCCUGGACCUGCAACAAAGCAAAGCUUCUAAGAGUUUUAAUGUUGAAUGUGAAGCUUUGAAAAGUGUUAGACAUCGGAACCUAGUGAAGGUUAUCACUUCUUGCUCCAGCCUUGAUUAUAAGGGAGAAGAAUUCAAGGCCAUUGUUAUGCAAUUCAUGGCCAAUGGUAACUUGGAUGCGAGUCUAUACCCGAAAGAUGUUGAGUCAGGAUCCUCUCUAACCUUGUUGCAAAGACUGAACAUUGCCAUUGAUGUUGCUUCUGCUUUGGACUACUUGCACCAUGAUUGUGAUCCACCUAUAGUGCAUUGUGAUCUGAAACCUGCCAAUGUGCUUCUAGAUGAAAAUAUGGUUGCACGUGUUGCAGAUUUUGGUUUGGCUAGGUUUCUAUCUCAAAGUAAAUCAGAGAUGCAGAGUAGCACUCUAGGAAUCAAAGGAUCAAUCGGUUAUAUUGCCCCAGAAUAUGGAGUAGGAGGCAAGGCUUCAACUCAUGGUGAUGUGUACAGUUUUGGGAUCCUACUGCUAGAGAUGUUCACAGGCAAAAGACCAACUGAUGAAAUGUUCAAAGAAGGAUUAAGCCUAAACAAAUUUGUCUCAACCAUGGAAGAGAAUCAAGUAUUGAGGGUUGUUGAUCGAAGACUUAUUGACGAUUAUGAAUAUUCAACACAAAGCUCAAGCACUGGUGACCGUAGCAGUAGCAUUGGUGACAACACACAUAGAACAUGCAAAGCAGAGGAAUGCGUAGCUGCAGUGAUAAGAGUUGGGUUGUGUUGCUCAACUCAUCGACCAAAAGAUCGAUGGAGGAUGAGAGAUGCCACAACAAAAUUGCAAGCAAUUAGGCAAUCUAUGUUGGCCUUGUGAAGUAGGUCUCAAGCCCAUAUGAAAUCUAUUAUACAAAACUGAAGGUUACUGUAACUAAUAUAUAUUAGAUUGCAAUACUCUUUCCUUUCGGUGAAUCGCUAAUACUCUUCACGAUGUCUUGCCAUGCUUAUCUGUUGACAUGCAUGUUGAUGCGAGGGGGACUCUCUUUGUGAGAGAGUAGUUUAUUUUCAGCUUUCUUUUUUUCUUAUUUUAGCUCUUAGUAACAAAAAAUAAAUUGUUGAAUUAGGA